ACGCCAAAAGCCCAAAAACAAACAAACGUAAAACCCUUUCCCUCUUUAUUUUAAUGCAGAAGUUCUUCUGUAAAAGGCUUUUAGGAAGGUUUCUUGGAAAAGAUCGAAACAAAAGGAGCGAAUUCCACUAACAAACGCUACACAAAUUGGCGUUACUGAGUUAAAGCUGUUAUCAGGUGUCCAUUAGCAAAGUUGAGCAUCAACAUCAACAACCCUUAGUUCUUACCACAGAAACUUAUCUAGCUGCAAUAUAGAAGAAAGAUGUCUAGUGGAGAAGUCAAAAAGGUUUCACCUCAAGAUUUACAACUGGUACAAAAUCUUAUAGAAAGAUGUCUCCAGCUUUAUAUGAGCCAAAAGGAAGUUGUUAGCACACUACUACAUCAAGCGAAAAUAGAACCUAGUUUCACUGAACUUGUUUGGCAGAAACUCGAAGAAGAAAAUCAAGAUUUUUUCAAAGCUUAUCACCUGAGAUUAAUAGUAAAAGAUCAAAUAAUGAAAUUCAAUAAAUUACUCCAAACACAAGCUGACCUCAUGCAUCAAAUGUCAACUUCAGUCCCUGUCUCCAACGGAUCUCAUCUUCCUCUAUUGCACCAAAAUCCUUCAUGCUAUUCCCAAGAUAAUAAUACUACUACUAAUAAUAAUAAUAAUACACAAACACAACAAGGUAUGAAGCUAGAGAACAUGAACAUGCAGCAGUCAACUGUUGGUCAACUCUCUGUACUGAUGACUCAGAAUUCAAAUAUGGGAAUUAUGCAAGGAAUGAAAUCAGAAUCUGGGUAUACAGAUGCAUCUUCUUUUCUGUAUAAUCCUUCAAAUAAUGUUGAAGAAAGACACUCUGUAAUGACAGAUGUACAUGUACCUAUUCCUUCCUUUGUUACUGAAGAAUCCAAUCCAAAACAUGUUAUUGUGAAUGAAUCAAUGGAUUCAUCAUCUUUUGGAUUUUUGGGACAAAUUCCAAGAAGCUUUAGCCUAUCAGAUUUGACAGCAGACUUCUCCAUUAGUUCAGAUAUAUUGGACAACUAUACUAAGUCACCCUACCUAGCAUCUGACACAGACUUCUUGAAUCCUCAUGGGAAUGGAGGCAUCCAACAAGGAGACGGUAAAAGGUUGGACACUAUAUCAGAAGGCUUGAGUUAUGAAGGAUUUGGCAGUGAUUGAUUUAUUCAUAAUCAUUAUUACUUAAUGAUCAUGGUCGACGUUUAGCCCAAGAAAACAGAGCUUUUGGUAAAUAAUUUAAUGGAAUUCAGACAUAUCAACUCUCAAAUAAUGUUGAUGAUGGUUGUUAUUUAUAGAGCUUGAUGAUUUGUUAUUCAUAGUGUUAGAUUUAUUUUGAUGUUUCUAUUUUUUUCUUUUUGUGUGUGUUUUGUUUGUUUUUAUAGAGGUUGAUGAUUUGUUAUUCAUGGUGUUUUAAAAUAUAAAUUUUAGAUGUAAAUGAUUCCUGACACGUGUUCUGAUUUGUAGUUACUUUGUUUUUGUGCAAUGAGAGAAGACAUUCCACUUUUUGA